UAUAACUUCAACCCAGUCAGACAUAAGUACCACAGAGUCUUCAGAGCUUCCUACAACAUACUCAACUACUGAACCAUCAUUCUCCACCUUCUUCAGUUCCGCCAGCACAAACAGCGACAUCACAACAGAAGAGUCAGUGCCGUCAAGCACAGCAGAAACUACCAACACAGUGUCCUCAAUUACAACAGAAGACUUGACAGAAUCAUCGUCAACAUCAGACAGGACAACAUUUCCAAUUUCUCCUCCACUUAGUUCUACUGGAGGAACAGAAACAAUUUCCAAUCAUGUUCCAACAACUACAACCUCAGAUUACACAGCUCUUCCAAUAUUACAAUCUACAACUGACACUUCCACAGAGUUUCCAACAGAAAAGUCCUCUUCUUCUACGUCUGCCACAGCUUUUGAAACAUCAGAAACAACUGCACAGACAGAAGCAAUGACGUCUGUGGAAGUUUCAAAUACAGUGGCGGAAUCAACAACUCUGUCAUCCACGCCAAUGUCCCAACCUCAAACAAGUGAGCAAAUCAGUAACUCAAACCCAGCUAUGACUGAAACGCAAAGAGAAACUACAAUAACAACUGAACUUUCAACAGUUGAGACAACAUUCUUAGAUUCCACAGCUGUCAAUAAUUCAACAUCAGCUUUGCCAACUGUCAUUUUGCAGUCGUCAUCAACCCUUGCAGUAACUUCAAAUGUGGAGAAAUCAACUGAAACAUCAGAUAUAACUUCAACCCAGUCAGACAUAAGUACCACAGAGUCUUCAGAGCUUCCUACAACAUACUCAACUGCUGAACCAUCAUUCUCCACCUUCUUCAGUUCCGCCAGCACAAACAGCGACAUCACAACAGAAGAGUCAGUGCCGUCAAGCACAGCAGAAACUACCAACACGGUGUCCUCAAUUACAACAGAAGACUUGACAGAAUCAUCGUCAACAUCAGACAGGACAACAUUUCCAAUUUCUCCUUCACUUAGUUCUACUGGAGGAACAGAAACAAUUUCCAAUCAUGUUCCAACAACUACAUCCUCAGAUUACACAGCUCUUCCAAUAUUACAAUCUACAACUGACACUUCCACAGGGUUUCCAACAGAAAAGUCCUCUUCUUCUACGUCUGCCACAGCUUUUGAAAUAUCAGAAACAACUGCACAGACACUACCCAUGACCUCUGUGGAAGUUUCAAAUACAGUGGCGGAAUCAACAAGUCUUUCAUCCAGGCCAACAGAUCAACCUGACACAACUGUACAAUUUAGUCCCACAAACCUGGUUAUGACAUCCGAGAUGACCACUUCCUCUGCUGAUUCAUCUGUAUAUUCCCAGUCAUCUUCAACAGCUUUUUUAUCCACAAGUAGUGAAACAUCUGCACAUUCUGAAGUUAAUGUCACAAAGCAGCCAGAGUCAACUGUCGUCAAUACCGAACAAACCUUGAAAGCCAGUUCAGCAAGUUCAUUCAGCACGAUUACAACAGGAACUUUCAUUUCUUCAUCAAACAUCAACAAACCCUCAGCUACAACAGUUGUAAUGACUACCAUUUCCCCGACUGGUAGUCAUAUGUCCUCAUCAAAAAACACUCCAACAGUUACCACAAAAGUAACUACAAGAACAUCUAUCACACCAACUCAUGUCACAACUAAGAAAACAACUGUUGCUGCCACUACAUCAUGUGAGGGCAGCAGAGUGACUCAUAUCAGGAUUGAUGGAUUAACUAGCAAGGAGAUUAAUGUGAGCUGGAGUGGGAACAAUCUUAGACCGGAGAUGAAAUACACUGUGAGGCUCAGACAGGGCUCCAACACGAGUGAUAUCAUUCAUGAGUCAACUGAGAAGAAAACAGGAUUUACAGAUCUGCUUCCAGGCGUAACAUACACUCUCAUUAUAGAAUAUUUUUCAUGCAGUAAUAAGGAAGAAUUUAUGAGGAAAAUCACCACAGUUGCAAAUAUCUAUGAGUCCACCACCAGAAUUCCAAGCAUUAACUUUCGUGCUGAAUAUCAAAACCAAUCAAGCCAAGAAUUUCAAGAACUUGCCUCACAUUUCAAAGAGGAGGUCAUAAAAAACCUUCCCAGAGAAUACCAGGAUUUUAUUCAAAGAAAGGAAAUGAGGGUCAUUGUGACACAAAUCCGGGAAGGAAGCGUGAUUAUCGAUUUUGAUUUACUCACGGAUGUCGAGAUCGGCCUGCAGACAUCCGCUGUUGAAAAAAAUAUAAUUAAUGCCUUGAACACAUCGUCACUCGAUGUUGAUUUGGAACAAACAACCACCAGUGAGGCAGAUGUGUGUGACAGAGGGAAUGAUCUGUGCUCAGAAAAUGGCACUUGCCAAAAAAUUGGGCCUUCAUACACAUGCGAGUGUAAUGGGGGGUUCGUAGACCAGAACCCAAAUCUCCCUGGAACUGACUGUCAAAGAAGUUUUCUGACAACAAUCUCCCCAACAUCUCACCAAACCACUAGUGGGAAAGAUAACUGUGAAGGUGUGUGUUCCUCUCUUGCGGAGUGCACAGUCAUUGAUUCUGGCAGAUAUGGAUGCCAAUGCCACGACGGUCUGAUUGAUCCUAACCCCUCCAACCCUGGAAAGCUAUGCGAAGACCGUUUUGACUGUUUCAGUGAAGAGACCAAUUUGUGUUCAGACAGUAAUACGUGCCUUCGGUCAAAGUAUGUCUGUUCUCGCAAGAACCUGUUCAAGGCUGUAGCGGAAUUAAAAUCAUGGCAAUUCAGACCGGCGCUUUACAACACUGAAAGCCAAGACUGGAUCAAUGUUUCAACACAAUUCACCGUUACUGUUAUUAGCAAAAUGAGAGGCGUGCUGGAGGAUGAGUCCUUUGACCUCUCGGUAGUGGGGUUCAAGAGGGGAAGUGUGGUGGUUCGGACGGUGUUUGGCUUUAAUGAUGGCAGUCACCUGGACGCGUCGACCUUAGAAACAGCCCUGCAGGACGUCGUCCGUGCAAAUCUGGACAGACUGGCUUUGGUAACUGUGGAAGGAAUUCCCGCAGAAGAGAACUCGGGCGGACGAUGGCGAGUUACGACUAUCGUCCUCGGAGUUCUGCUGGGGGCAGUCCUGCUAGCGAUAGCAGCGGCCGGGCUAGGCUUUGCUGUGAGGAGGGGGCUGAACCGCCGCAAUUCAUACGAAGUCCAGCAACCGAAGGACAGUCCAAACAAAGUUCCCGCUGGCACUUUUGGGAACUACGUUUGCCAGGAGGUGUAGGUCACAUUUUGCGUAUACGAAUUUCAGGGACUGGGAUGUGUGAAGCCGUUGCAAAAGUGUUGCUGUCAUGGAGGGAAUGGGAGAAACACGGACACAAUGCUUCGUUUCACUUCUUUUGUUCUUCUUCACGCCAUAUCGCAGGGAAAUCGCUGACAGGUUCAGUGUCUGUGCCAAAAUGAACUGAAAUUAACGAUGUAUUUGAAUUGUGAUAAUAUGUACAACACGGAGCAUAGAGGAUGAUGAUACUGGAUGCGUGUUUCUGUAUUUUCUGUGAUCUCAUUGUGAAUUCAUCAUCCCUAAAAUAAUAUCCAUUUCACACAAACUGUUAAAUAGUCUCGUGGUUAAAAAUUUGGACUACAGAGUUGCUUCAAAAAUAUGUGGCAUUUUACCCUGAGUACUUCCCAUUAUGUUGUUAUGUCAUCUAAUGACACUGGUAUUUCUGGAGCGCACAUGCAUUUUCAUGGCCACGCACGCAUAUUGAGGGCAACAUUAAGGUCGAGAAUUAAUUCAUACAGGAUGGCUAUGGACUUAUCCACUGUAUAUUUGCAGAGUACAUUAGUAUUGCAGGUUCAGUGUGAGCCUUUUCAGCUGCGCUUAACUGAGCAGAACACACAUCAAAGAUGAAGCUCAAUUGUUACUGCAUAUAGAGCCUUUGUUCCGCGUGUGUAAACAACAUACAAUGCUUAUUCAGAAUACAUAUUUGUCGAUGACUAACUUUCCGUUCUGUUUCUCUGUUAUGCACUUUGUCAUGGUUUCGCUAAGUUGCACAACAAGCUUCUUGCACAAUGAAAUAUAAUUACACUUCUAUAAUACACUAGUGUGCUACAGUACUGGUAUUCAAUGAGCUCCACACAUAAAUUAAAAGUCAUGCUACUUGGAGAAUACAUUUUGUUGUCUGCUGCACAGGAGAAGACAGACUCUCGGUUGUGAAGGAUACAUGAUGUCGACAUGCUUUUGCAAAUACUGUACAUUAUAUUUUUGUACUGUUACAUAUUUUAUUUCUUUGAUGGUAUUAAAUUAAGAUUUUUUUAAAAUAAAUUAAAGGUUACAUUUUAUAAGAAUAA